AGAUUUUAUUAAUUAUAUUAUUAUAGAAUUGUAUGUUGUGACUUUGGUAUGCAAUGUACUGAAAAGGCUGACCGAAAGAGAGAGGGAAUUUUGGAAUUGAAAACAGUUAACGAACAAAGAGCUGCAUUCAACACUCAAGUCUACGUUAAGAUGUCUGAUGUUACUACAUUUUCCACUCCAGUUCACAAUCUGAAAAAGACAAGGGUCUCACUAAAUGACUCAAUGUCUUCCUCACCUAUGAUCAAUAUUCCUCCAUCUCCAUUCUUGAAAAAGCUUGGAUGGGGAACAGGGAUAUCUGUCUACUUAUAUGAAAGGAGUCCAAAAGGAGAUGGAUCAGGAAGAUCACCUUGGGCCGUCAAGAAGCUGUACAAGAAGUCAGUAGUUUCAGCUGAAGUGAUGAGUGAAAGGCUUGAGUUUGAAGCAGGCAUUCUCAAGAAAGUUCAUCAUCCUAAUAUUGUUGGGUUCCGUGGAUAUAGCAAAGACAAAAAAGGUUCACCAUAUCUAAUCAUGGAGAAUGGAGAGAAAAAUCUGUAUGAUCUCAUUGAAGCAAGGAUUGAAGAAAAUAAAGGUCAUUUUCCAGCCAAGCAUAUCCAUAAAGUAGCCGUGUCCAUACUAAGUGCACUGAAGUAUCUGCAUACGGAACAGAAGCUGCUCCAUGGGGAUAUAAAGAGUGCCAAUGUGCUGGUCAUCGGUGACUUUGAUUCUGUCAAGCUUUGUGACUUCGGAGUUUCACUUAAACUAAAAGAUGAUCUUAGUGGACUGAAGGACCCUGAUGAUCGUUACAUUGGGACGCCUGCAUGGAGUUGUAUGGAAGCCAUAGAGAGUCAUCCAAUCACAGACAAGGCAGACAUAUACGCUUUUGGUUUGGUUUUGUGGGAGAUGAUAACACUUCUAGUGCCACACACACUGGAUUAUGAGUCAAGUGAAGAUGAAGAAAGCUUUGAUGAAGAUGCAGAAAGCUUUGAUGAAGAUGCCUCACAGUGUUUGUUUGGAACUAGGCCUCCUCUGCCAGACUGUAACUUCGGCCCUGAAUACCAACCACUACUGGAGCUCAUCACCACCUGUACAGAUGAGAACCCUGACCUACGCCCAUCAGCCUCAUUAGGCCUAGAAGCAUUGCAAUCAAUAGACACAAUAUGAGAAAUGAAUGUACAUUACUGUACUUUCAAUGGAAAAAACAUUUAUUUACACAAUUGAUGAACUUAAAUACUAUCAUGUAUCAAACAGAAUUUAUUUUAUUACGUUACACAUACUUUUUUUUUAAACCAAACACUUCUCAAGUGUUGCUUUCAUUUUGAUAGCUGGUAUAUAAUUUGAAACAAAACCCCUACUAACAGUAUUCUCCCAAUUGAAAGUGUGAGGGAUAUCCCUUUUGAGUGGGGGUUAAUGUUUCAAAAAACAACACAUAGUCAUAGCCUAGGCUAUGUUCAUUAUUGAAAAAAGUCCAGCCUAGACUACCUAGGCCUAAUCAGUGUUUUUACCAGUAAAAUUGACAGCUAAAACUGCACUAUAAGUAAAUAUACAUCAUAAUGAGAUGGGUAUAUUCACAGGUUGUGAUUAGAUAUGAACUCUGUCAAUGUUAUUUUGAAUAUCUCAUCAUUACAUUUACAUCAGCAGCAUUUAUAAAUUUAAUUCAUGUACUCUAGAUGCACAGAUUAUGAUUAAAUAAUAUUUAAAGUAAGUUGAACUCGAAAUAAAGGAGAGAGGCCAUGAUUCUCUAAUCAGA